GCAAAAACAUCCAUUAACUGAAAAUAACUUCCUUUCACUGGCCACACAAAAAUCAAUUGCCAGUUGCCACUCAGAUUCCUCGGGUCGUCCCAGAAGAGGCAAGGAUUUAUUUAGACCAAAGUGAUCUCUUCUCCAUGCCUCGUAACACAAAUCCAUCCGAUGAUGAAAAUAUCAAUCCUACCGCGGUAUUUCCCCGAGUCAACUUUUUUGUUCUUCAUAUUCUUUAGGGUCCAAUUCUUGUUGUUUCCGUUGAGACAUUUCCUAACGUCUUGUUCAAGAAGCCAUGCGUUUAAUGGUCUUGUACCAACAUUGUCUUGAGUUGCAUGCUCGAUUUGUUUGUUCUAAUUCCUCCCCAUUUUAAUUUGCCCUUCUCCUGUCCUGGAUGGAAAUGUUGAUUUCUAGUAAAAAUUCCUUGCAUUUUGAUCUGGUUUCAAGAUUCAUUGAUAUUUGCUGGAAGCCUCUAAUGCCAGAUCUUGUAUUUCUUUUGGGUUCUGUCUCAUGCAUGCAACACUCAUCGUGUGUUUAGGCAGGGUGUUCAUGCAGCAUCAUAGCACUGCCAACCUGAUCAUCUACAAUACCUUUCAGAAUGUAGCAUUGGCAACAACGAUAGCUUCUGUACCGUCCAGGAAAUCAUGGCUCCCGGCAGGCUUUGGAGGAAGUGGCAAGCACGGUGCCACGAUCGACACUCCCCUCGAGGAUCCAAAGAAGAAGGAGAGAGAGCUGUUGUCAUGGGAGCAGGAUUUGAAGCGCCGGGAACAGGAUAUCAAACGAAGGGAGGAUGCAAUGAACAGAGCCGGUGUCGCCGUGGAAGUGAGAAAUUGGCCGGAGUUCUAUCCCAUCAUACAUCAUGAUAUAGCCAAUGAGAUACCAAUCCAUGCACAGAAGCUACAAUACACGGCAUUUGCUAGUUGGCUAGGACUGAUUGCAUGUCUCAUUUGGAACUUUUUCGCUGUCUUAGUUGAGUCAAUUCGCAGCGAAGAUAUUGUAAGUUUCCUCCUUGCUGUAAUCUAUGCGAUGUCUGGGUGUCCACUUUCAUACAUACUUUGGUACAGGCCUCUGUACCGUGCAAUGAGAACUGACAGCGUGGUAACCUUUGGCCAGUUUUUCGUCUUCUACUCGAUUCAUGUUGGGUUUUGUGUCAUUGCUGCAAUUGCUCCUCCAAUAAUAUUUAGGGGGAAAACUCUUACGGGCAUUCUUGUUGCAAUUGAGGUUUUGGCUGGAGAUAUGUUGGUCGGGGUACUUUAUUUUAUCGGCUUUGUAUUCUUUGCCUUGGAAUCUCUUAUAAGCAUCUGGGUGCUGGAGCGAGUAUACAUGUACUUCAGAGGGCACAGGUGAAGACCAGCAAAGAGAUGAUAGAAUUGUCCACAGAAGCAGUUUCUCUGAUACCGAUAUCAGGGUGUAAAACAGAAAGUUCAAGAUUGGAAAUAAUGAAUUUGCUGCUGCCUAGUUCUUGCUGUGUCUAGGUCUAUUAUUACUAUAUAAGGUUAUUUUAGAUAACACUGAUAUAGUUUACGGCUACCUCAUUAUAUUUGUCUUGUAAUAGUUUCUCUCUCUCAAAAGUAUCAGUUGCAGAGUUGUACAAAGGAAAUGUUAUGAUCAGAUGUUAGCCAUGGUCAAGGUAGCAUGUGUUGCUCCACUUAAUACUUCUGAAUCCUCUUGAUUUAAAUUUUCAGUGAUUGAUUC